UCGGACGUCUAUCGAGGCUGCUCGCGUUUACCACCGCCCGUUACCACCUGUCACCGCCUUCGUCGACCAGGAAAUCGAUGUCUUGAGAUCGGAAAUAAAAAAGAGAAGAGAAGAAUCAGAUCGACUUACAGUUAAAAUAGAAGAUUUGAGAAUGGCAAAUGCGGAUCUUCGAGUAAACCUUCAGCAUCACGAAUCUUUGGAGCCUUCCCAACUCCUUGAAGAAUUUCGUACCUUAAAUAGGUCUAUCGAACACCUAUGCCGUGAUAUUAGCGAACGUCACAUUGAACGGCUGGGGAUAAUAUUCAAAGACCUCACUACGACACUUGUUCGGAAUCCUCAUGAGUUCUGCCGUCUUCUGCCUGGAGUAGAGAAGGGUCCUUCCCUUUACUGGUCUGCGGAACGGAAAUUUCGUCCACUCAAAGAUGCGGCGGAUUAUGCCUUCCGGGAUAUCAUCAACAGGGAAUUAGUCGGAAGAAUAUUCGAUCCAUUUCAUCCAUCCUUGCGUGAAUUCACCGCGACAGAUCGCGAGUUCAAGCGGACGUAUGAGAGCAUGCGAAAAGCGUCAACACAAAUUUCCUGUGGACGAUGGAGGGCGUUAUGUUUCCAGUACAUUGACGUCCAAAGCCGUAACCGUGCAGUGGAUACAGAUAAUGUGGCAUUGGAUAUAGAUACUGUGGCAUUGGAUAUGGAGAGAGUGCUUCUGGGGCCGCUUCUGUCCUCACUUCAGAAUAGAAACCCUACUCCCAUAUCACUGUCCCAGUUUCAGAUUUCAGCGCUGAAGACUAUUCUCGCAGCCGCCUACGAAUGGAACCGUAAAUUCGAUGAAAGGAGUAUGCAAUACUUGGGGAACAAAAAAGUUGUUGAUUCGUCAAGGCAGAUUAUCUCUGUGGCUUCACUCGGCUUGGAGUCAUCGGAUGCCGGAAAGGCUGGAGCACAACCAAAUAGAGUUUGGCCAGAAAAGAUCCGCGUUAUAACGGAGGAUUGUUUCGAGCAGACCUAAUCAAUAACCCUGAUUGUUGACCGUGUAUUCGUGGAGCAUUACAGUAGAAAUGCGAGAACCCCAAUAUAUAUGA